AUGUCGUCCUCAACGUCGAUUGCACCCAUGGGCACCGGGGGCAGUGAAGGCAGCACUGAGGCCGUUUGGCCUGCGCCACCGGAGGAGGUGCUGGCGGCAACUCCUUCAGACACAGAAAGUGGACAGCGUGCUGAUGUUCCAGCAGAUCGGGGUGAAAGAAGACCCAAUCCUCUCUUGCUUCGGCUCACGAUGGAGGACGGCAAAGAGAAACAGGUCCCCGUCGAGUCUCACGGAAACCAGAGUCCUUGGACUAUGGAACCUUUGCUUCACGACAUGGAGGAUCUUCGCGAGAGCGGUUUUGUGCAGGUUACUCCAGAAGGGCUAGGAUACUCAAUCAUCGUUUCGCAGAACCCCGUUGAGUCUGCUCAGAAGAAGUCUUGGGUGUCCUUGAUCCUUAAUGGAAAGCCUUUGAAAGUUGCUGCUGUCACGAUUUGCUGUUUUGUCGGCAAGCUGACAUUGGAGUACUUAGCAGACGAGUUCCUGCGAAUAGCAGGCGAGUUCCUGCGAGAACCAAAUAAAUUUCUUGACAAAUUAUUCCCAAAUACUUGGGGGUCUUCCACCUGCAAAUGGCUCUUUUGCGCAAUCUUUUCUUCGAUGAGGGACUGGUUGAACGUCUCCUGGAGCUCAGAUCAAGCUCUGGGCUCCAUCAUAUCCUGGAGCGCAGAUGCAACGCUGUUUAGAUCAGGUCGCCUCAUCAUCUUGAUAUUGCAUGCAUUGGGUUUGUUUGGGAUAGGACCCAUCGUUUGGGCUUGGGGCCGCCGCCCGGACGAGAAACCCUUGCAUUCGAUCGCUCAAGCUUUGGACAAGACAAGCCAGAGCAAAGAAAGAGAAUGGAAAGAGAAGCUCCUUAGGACAGAUAAGGAACUGAAGGAUUGCAAGGAGAAGCUCAAGAAUCGGGAGGAUGAGCUGAAAGUCCUGCAAGAGAACGAGAAUCGAGCACAGAAGAUGAACGAAGAAUUGAACGAACGAAAGCAGCAGCUUGAAAAAGAACUUGCAGCUCGCAAAGAAGAUAUCAUCAAUCAAACGUAUGCUCUCAUGGAACUGGAGGACAAGCUUUUCAAACAAGACACUGAAGCCCGUGCAGCAGAUCGCAAUCAUAAGAAAUUGAAAAAAGACUUUGACGCAACCGCGACGGACCUUAAGCACAAGCGCAGAAGCUUGUUGGAAGUCGACAAGGAACGUGAACGUUUGAGUGGUGCUCUGACUGAAGAGGAAGGGAACAGAGAGAAGCUCCAAAGAGAGCUGAACAAAGCAAAGGAUCAGAAAAGAAAGAUGGACAGGACUAUCAGUGACUUGAAAAAGCAAAAGGAGGACCUUGAAGAGGAGCUGGAUGAGAAAGACAAAGAGCUACAUCGCAAAAGUGAACGGCUAGACAGCAAGCAACAGGAAUGCGAGGCACGAACAGAGGAAGCAGCACAGUUAAGACAACAAAAAGAAUCUGCAGAGGAGGCUGCGCAGGAGCUGAAAGAUAAGAAAAGUCAGGUUGAAAAACAGAGAGAUUUGUUGGAGAUUAAAUAUGCAAGGCUUGAGGAGAAAGAGAUGAAUGCCAGAUCUGAACUCAAAGAUUUUGAGAAAAGAAUUGAGCGCGUCGAACAGAGAUUGGCCCAAGAGAAGAACACCCUCAAAGAGAAAGAAAAAACGCUUACUUCUGAAAAGCAGUCCUUGGAGCAAAGGGUGCAGGAAUUGGAACCCAAAGCACAGAAGGAUGCGCUUGAGAAGGUUCUUCAACGGCAGAAUGAUGAGUUAGAAAAGGUUCGAACUGCCUUGCACCAUGAGCAAAGCACGGCUGAAGAGCACAAACGGAAAAUCGGAGAGCUCAAGGGUGCGCUUGAGGCUGAACGUCUCAAGAGCCAGCGCUACAUGCAACAAAGAAAUAUAGCUUGUGGGCAGGGCAGUACCAGCAGGACAACAGAUCCGGAGACACGGCGAUGGCCUUUGAAAACUCUUCGAGCAUGCCGCAUGUGGACUGGUUAA